AUGGAUACACUGAAAACAAGCAGUGAUGCGAGGAAAGAGUUCUCGAAUGAGGAUCUCCUUCGACUCUUGUCCUACCUAGAAGGUGAACUCCAAGCCCGUGAUAUUGUCAUCGCUGCUUUAAAGUCAGAGAAAGCGAAACAAUUAUUGUACCGAGCCAAAUAUGGGCGCUUGAAUGGCGAUGAUCCUUUGAAUGCGCUACAGCGAGAUUCGAAUCUAUCCGGUGUUGAGGGUGAACUGAACGAGACUCAGAUCAGUCAGAUGUACGAAUCACAAUUGUCACAACUCGAAAGGUUAAUAGCAGUGCAACGCCGGUGUCAUUUACGAUCAAAACAGGUAAUUGAGCUAGUGAGAGUAGCAGCAGCAUCUUCGGAUGCGGCACAUGGUGAUGAUUUGUGUGCGUUACUCGAGAACGAACGCACAAAACUAAGGCAGCAGUUGGAAUACGAACAGAAAGAGAGCGAUAAAACGAAGAAGGAGAUUGAAAAACUGGAAAAGAAGUUACUGGAUGAGAAGGAUCGUCACAAGUCGAUGGUGUUGUUCUUGAUCAAUGAACGUAAGCAGAUGUUGGUGAAGAUGCACGAACUGAGGAUGCAAUCGGAAAAUACGGGUAAGUCAGUGAUAAUCAUCUGUUUGCGACGGACUAGCACUCAACAGGAGAAUGUGCUACUGGAUGAGAUGCGAACUGAACUGACAACGGUUAGGAAGGAACGUGAUCAGCUUCGAACGGCUCUGAACUCAGCCCGUCAAGAGGCACAAACUCUUAAAGAGGCAGUACGAAGUCUAGAGGAAGAUUUAGCAGUGAUGUGUAAUAAUAUGAUGAGUGGUGCUGGCGCUGGUACUGUUCCGAACUCAAGGAUACAUGCCAAUAAUGUACGUCUACUGCCCGAUGGCUCUGUGGUGUUAACGAAUAAAGCAGCCAGUGCAUCGUCAGCAUCUAACGUGCUCGUAUCGACUAGCAGGACUAGUAGUGCAUCAACGAAUCAGUCAUCUUCGUCCUCGUCAUCCACAUCCUCCCUGAAUCGUCCAGUGGAUAUUCGCUCGAUAUCGUCCACCACUACCACCACCAAUAGAAGCAGGUUAUCGAGCUCAUCGAGUUUCCCGUCAGAUGAGCGAACGAACAGCAGUACAAGUGGUGGCAGCAGUGCCGUGAAUAAUAUCCACCUAAACAGUAGUUCACAACCGAGUCGUGUACCACUCCCAACAAUGCCCUUGUCUUCAGCAGCUGCUGCAACAAUACCACCGUCACCAACCAGGCGUCAUAUAAUCACGAAUCCGCCGCCAUCGUCAUCGAAUGCGAAUCGAUCUCGACAAAUCGCGUCUGCAACUUCCACUGGCAAUCACCACCACCAUCAUCACCAAUCCUCAACAUCAUCCACAAGAAAUGUGGCACCAACGGCAGCCCCAGACCCGACCCUAAUGCCCCCUUCACCAGUGUCGUAUCAGCGUCGAGAACAACACCAUCAUCACAGUAACAACAAUAAAACAGCGUAUGCGACCGAACCCGAAAUCGAACAGCUCGGUGCAGUGAUCCAAUCGAUGAAUUCCACAUCGUCAUCGUCCUCUUUAUCCUCGUCGAAAAGCAGCAAGAGAAAUGUGUCAGCAGUAUCUCAAAGCAUCAAUCAACAACCUGCAGUACAACAUCAUCACAGUCAGCCACAGCAUCAGAUGAACUCGAAUUCUGCGAAACACUCUAGUGCGCCACCCUCUUCAACUGUAUCACCAAACGUUCAGCAGUCGUCAUCGUCAUAUAAUAAAAUAAGUACACCGAAACGAAGUGUUCUUUUCAAAGCGUUUGGAGUAUCUUGCAGGAGUGCGGAUAGUAGACACGACUGA